GACACAUCAAUGUGAGGUUAUGUUUACAUUUUGAGGUUAUCCUGUUAUUUGAUUUUAUAAAUGGAAAGUAAUUGUGUUAUUGAUAGAGAAUUAUUAAAACAGCAAAGAAAAGAGCGAAAAAAAUUAAAGAAACAAGCGCUUAGAGAAAAAAAAUUAACCCAAAAAACCAUAAAUAAUGAAAAUCAUGAUGAUUUACAUAAAAAAGGUGUUGGUUGUAACAGACAUGUUAAAUCAAAUAUUGCAAUUCAAGCAACGUUGGAAUCAUUGCAAAAAGCAAAUAAGUCACUAAAAAAGGUGGAAAAUAAAAAGAAUGAAGUUAUUAAGAAGACUUAUUCAGGGAAUCCGUUAGAUUCAUCUCAACCUGAAAGAUUUAGAGGGAAAUAUAAAAUGGAGACAGAAAAUCAUAAAAUAAAACAUAAUAAAUUAAAGACUGAAAUUUUGAAAUGCGAAGAUUUAAAAGAUACUUCCAAAAUUUAUCAUUGUAAUAGUAUUAAUAUAAUUACUGAUGAAUUAAAUAACGCUGUUGAAAUUUACAUAAAAAAAUUAGUACAUUUACAAGAUAAAGCUUACUUUAAAAGUUCAGAUAAAAUUAAAUUUAAAAAAAGAUAUAUUUGUGGUUUUCACGAAUUAAAAAAGAAACUUAUCGUUGGUAAAAUAAAAUUCUUUAUUUUUGCAAUAAAUAUUAGAACUUACGCUCCAAUUUACAGUUUAAUAUGUGAUAUUUCAUCAUUUGCGAAAGAAAAUUCGAUACCAUUCGUUUUUGCAUUAAAACGAUCAAAACUGGGUUCAUUAUGUCAUAUUAAUCGACCUGUUAGUUGUUUGGGAGUUUUAAAUCAUGAUGGAGCUGAGGAAGAAUUUAAAAAUGUUAUUGAAAAUAUAUGUCAAAGUUCCAGUGAAGAUGUGGAGGAAAAGAAAGAGGAUGAGGAGGUUUUAGAGAAAUGUAAAAAGCUGUCAAUUAAUAAUUAGGUUUUUUGUAUUAAAUGUUGUUGGAAUAAUAAAUGUAUUUGUUAAAAAAAAUAUUUGUUAUUAUUAAUUU